GGGGCUCCUGUUUUGCAGAUACAGACAUGGCUACCCCUCUGAGACUUGUCACCAUGCAAGCAAGGCACUGGUCCCCUACUGAAGAACUAACCAUGCCCCACGCUGCUUAGCGUUUGAUAGCAGAGGAGAUGGGGCAUUCUGAGGGUAAGCGCAGCGAGAGCGGGACGAGCCCCAGGCUACAGCACAAAGCGCUGGCACUCUGCCCUCGCGCCCCCACCCCCGCCACGCUUGGCCUCACUCAGUGAGACUGGAGAAGGCGGCGGCCUCCCAGAAUGCCUCGCGCGCGGCGGAAGCCGGGCGCGCCUGUGCGCUGAGCGGCCGGCUCCCAGCUUGGCGCAAGAUGGCGGCGGGCGCCUCGGACCCUCUGGAAGAGAUGCUGCUCUUCUCCGAAGAGGUGGACGAGAAGGCGGUCAGCGACCUGGUGGGCUCCCUGGAAUCGCAGCUGGCCUGCGGGCGGGCCUCCACCGAGGAGGCUCGUCCUAACAGCAGCCCCGCAUCCCACCAGCAGCAAGAGCACCCGGGGAGCCUGGUGGGGGGCGGCAGCCCUGUCCAGCAACAGCAGCAAGGGCAUCCUGCGCCUCCUCCUCUCCCCGGGGCAGGGGAGGCUGCCAGGUGCCCAAGUGCCGUGGGCAGCCCCAGUCCAGUCCAGGGGGCGCCCCCUGCCCUGUCCGCCCCCGGAGUGGCGGCCGGGAGGGGAGCGAGUGUAAACAGUAGUAGCAUGCAGCAAUCACAAGGAGCAGCUCCUCGCAGCAGCAACAGCCCCCCGAGUGCACCUGCUGCCCCUGUCCCACUGCAAGCCGCAGCCCCACCUCCGCCUGCAGGCGCCCCAGCCCAGCCUGUCAACAACCAUGUGGAUGCCAGUGCUGCUCCUGCUGCUGGCAGCGGUGCCCGGGAAGUGGAGAGUCACAGCCCGGGGUAUAGUCCUUCUGCAGCAGCGGCUGGUGUGAACAACGUGUUGCUGCUUAACUCCGAGGCCGCCACUGCUGGGGGGUCGCCUGGGGUUGCCGAUGCUGUCACUCUAGCGGCCGCAGCAAGUGGGGUUGCAAAGGCGGUAGUGCUGGGUGGUACAGCUGCUGCUCCUCCUCUUGCUCCUCUCCCUCUUCUCCAGAGACCUGCUCUGCAUACCGUUCCUCCCGCGGCACUCAGUGGGAAUGGCACUGCCUCCAGCACUGCUGUGCUUGUCACUCAGAGUCUAAAGGCUGGUUGUGCCCCAGCAUCAGUAACACAGGUUGUCAACCAUCAGAACCCGGCUGUCAGCCACUGCAAACCAGAUUCCUCCACAGCACAGACAAAACUCCUCACACACAGUUCUGCAGUAAAUACACUCUGUAACUCUGGCAGUUCUGUUUCUACAAUGAACGUUGUCACCCAUCCAGCCCAAAGUCCAGUAGCAAGCUGUGCCCCUGUAGUGUCCAGCACAGUCACUCUCAAUGCUGUAUCUAAACCUACAGUAAAUAUUAUAGGGCCACCAGGCUCUGCUGUUGGUGUAGCCAAAUCUGCUACCGGUGUACCUGUCGUCUCUGCAGUCCCCCAGUCGCUGUCACCCAGGCCUGCAGUGGGCAUUGCUCAGAGAAUAGUUGCACCACAAUUGAUUGUUAGACCGCCUCAGCAGACUACAAUCCAGUUGCCUCCAGGUUUUACUAUACCACCUGGUAUGGUCUUGGUGCGCACCGAAGCUGGACAGCUUGUAAUGGUACCUCAGCAGGCUUUAGCCCAGGCUCAAGUUCAAGCUCAAAUACAAACACAGGCCCAAGGUUCCACCAACAUUUCACCCCGACUUUCAGUGCCCACAAGUGGUCCAGUUUUUCGUUUAACAACAACUCAGCAACCAACUUCUGUAGGUACAUCUGCUGUCCACAUAGGACUUCCAAUGCAAGCCAAAGUUGUACAAUCAACUGCUACAUCAGUUAGUGCUACAUCUACUGUGAGCUUACAAGGGAGCUCCACUCUGUCACACACUACAGUAUCGGGAGCUACUACAAAUGCUCAGAACUUAAUGAAAACAACAGUAGCAACUGGAACCCUAGCAACUCAACAACCUAUGGUAAUUUCUGGAGGACAAACUCAAACAGCAGCACAGCCUCAAGGUCAGCCUCAGUUGCCACUUCCACCUUAUACUACAGCACAAGUACCAGCACAACCCCAGGUCAUACCUAGCUCUCCUGUACCAGGGACUACAGUUGUAUCACAGGUUUGUGUCUAAGUUCUGGAACAUUUGA